CUUCAAUCGAUAGUCCUACAUCUGUUGUUGUGCAAUUGCGACUUCAUUGAGAAACAUUCCCGCGAGAUUGCCACCCGCCGAUAUAUAAAAAAAAGAGAAGCGAAAGCAAGGAAAGAGGUUUAUCUACUCAGAACAUUUUUCCGGUCCCACAAACUGCCACAAUGGCUCGCACUAUACAAGAGACCCUUGCCUCGGGGUCCCCUAGCGAUGCAGCAAGCCCCCAGAAGCCAGUAGAGUAUGUGGAAACCGUCGAGGCAUACAACAGAUGGGCGGAGGUCUAUGACACAGACGGCAACUUCCUACAGGCCCUCGACACCAUUGAAAUGCAACAACUACUACCGCAACUCUUGAAGAAAGUAACCGCCAGCACACAGGCUGGCCCGGCAAAACUAGUCGACUUGGGCUGUGGCACAGGUCGGAAUACUCGCCAGCUACUGAAAUUCGCGCCCCAAGAUGCUCAUAUCGUCGGGCUGGAUGCUUCGCCGGGAAUGCUGGACGUUGCUCGGACUACUGUCGACAAGGAGAAAAAAUCGGAUCCUUCUCUUGCUAAUAGGGUUUCAUUGGAGAUUUAUGAUCUGCUUCGGUCGCCUCCGGCACCGCCGGCGUGUAGCCUCGGCGCGGCUGGUGUGAUUUCCACCCUGGUUUUGGAGCAUAUCCCUGUGGAUCAGUUCUUUGAGGGCGCCGCGGCGGUGAUGAGACCUGGGGGGUAUUUUCUUUUGACCAAUAUGCAUUCGGAGAUGGGGUCGAUUAGCCAGGCGGGGUUUGUGGAUACAGCGACUGGGACGAAGAUUCGACCGACUAGUUAUUCUCACACGAUUGAGGAGGUGUUAGAUGCCGCUCAGAAGGCGGGAUUCGAGGUUGAAGAGUUGGGCGGGGAGCGUGUUUGCGAGAGAAAGGUGAAUGAGAUGAUGGCAAAAGACUUGGGUACAAGAGCGAAUAAAUGGAUUGGUGUCACGGUGUGGUUUGGAAUUUGCUUUAGAAAGCGGUCGUGAUGAAGCGCUACUGGUUCUGAGGCUUGAUCCUGUUCUUGCUGUGAGGAGUGAAA